UAAGGAUUUUUGCGCUAAUGAAGGUGGGAGUACGGGCGCAUUAUUGGAUCGGGGUGCUCUUCAUGUAUAUGGGGCUGUUGGCUGCAUCGGUUGAAGCUCAAAAUUGCAGUGACACGCUACACAGUCCAAAUGGGACAAUAGAAAGCCCUGGGUACCCAUAUGGAUAUCCAAACUACGUCAACUGCACAUGGGUUAUUGUGGCACAGGAACACAACCGGAUACAGUUGGUAUUUCAAGGCUUUGCUUUGGAGGAGGACUUUGACAUCCUUUCAGUUUAUGAUGGGCAGCCUAGUCCAGCAAACCUACGGACAAGGUUGACAGGGUUUCAACUUCCUGCCCCUAUAGUCAGCACAGGCCCAAGGCUCACACUAUGGCUGCUAUCAGACUAUGCUGUAAGCGGCCAGGGCUUCAAAGCAGUAUACGAAGCCCUUCCAAGCUACACCUGUGGAAAUCCAGGCCAGCUGCUCAAUGGCAUGCAUCAGGGCUCCACUUUCAACAUCGGGGACAAGAUCCGCUACAGCUGCAACCAGGGCUACGUGCUGGAAGGCCACACUGUGCUGUCCUGCCUGGCCACCUCCUCCGGCACCGCAGCCUGGGACUUCCCCCUCCCGUACUGCCGAGCGGACGAUGGAUGUGGCGGCACACUACGGGGUCAGAGUGGUGUCAUCACCAGUCCAAACUACCCGCAGGAGUAUAACAACAAUGCGGACUGCACCUGGACUGUGCUGGCUGAGCCAGGUGACACCAUCGCUCUGGUCUUCUCUGACUUUCAGUUGGAAGAGGACUAUGAUGUUCUGGAGAUAACCGGCACAGAAGGAUCCUCCCAGUGGUUUACUGGUCCAAACCUGCCAUCACCCAUCAUCAGCAGCAAAAACUGGCUGAGGCUCCACCUCACAUCCGAUGGCAACCACAAACUCAGAGGCUUCAGUGCUCAGUAUCAAGUGAAGAAAAUGACAGAACUGAAGUCCAGAGGGGUGAAGAUGCUGCCAAGUAAAGACAACCACAGCAAGAUAUCAGUUUUAUCGCAGAUGGGGGUGGCACAAGGACACAACAUGUGUCCAGACCCAGGAAUCCCAGAGAGGGGCAAAAGAAAAGGCUCAGAUUACAGGCGGGGUGCUACUGUUCACUUUUCUUGUGAUGAAGGAUACGAGCUUCAGGGCUCCAAGAGCAUCACCUGCCUGCGAGUUACAGACAGUUACGUGGGCUGGAGUGACGACCGGCCGAUCUGCAGAGCUCCUAUGUGUGGGGGUCAACUCCGUGGACCUAAUGGCAUUAUCACUUCCCCAAACUUCCCAGUACAAUAUGACAACAAUGCUAACUGCACUUGGAUCAUCACAGCGUCUGACCCUUCCAAGGUGAUCAAGCUGACUUUUGAGGAGUUUGACUUGGAGCGCGGCUAUGAUACUCUAACCGUGGGUGACGGAGCUGUAAUCAGUGAUCACCGGACAGUAUUUCAUGUGCUGUCUGGGACCACAACCCCAGAUCUGGUGGUCAGCACCAGCCAUCAGAUGUGGCUCAAUUUCAAGACUGAUGACACCAGUGGCUCCCUGGGCUUCAAGGUUUCGUAUGAAGAAAUUGACCAGGGUGGGUGCGGAGACCCAGGAAUCCCAGCCUAUGGCAAGAGGGAAGGCUCAGGCUUCCGACAUGGUGACAAGCUAUAUUUUGAGUGCCUUCCAGCCUUUGAGCUGGUGGGAAAAAAAAACAUUACAUGCCAGAAGAAUAAUCAGUGGUCAGCCAAGAAGCCAAGCUGUGUCUUUUCAUGUUUCUUCAACUUUACAACUUCAUCUGGAGUCCUACUGUCACCAAACUACCCUCAGGAGUACGGCAACAACAUGCACUGUGUGUGGCUGAUCAUCGCCAAACCAGAGAGCCGCAUUAACCUGGCCUUCAAUGACCUGAGCAUGGAGAAACAAUUUGACUUCUUGUCCAUAAAAGAUGGCGGCAAGGCAGAGUCGCCCAUUCUGGGAACCUUUUCUGGUGAUGUGCUGCCGUCACCCAUCACUACCAGCAGCCACGUGGCCCGUCUUGAGUUUCUGACUGAUCAUACGUACACAGACCGUGGCUUCAACAUCACUUUCACCACAUUUCGGCACAACGAGUGUCCCGACCCUGGUGUUCCUGUAAACGGAAAACGUUUUGGCGAGAGUCUACAACUUGGCAGCUCCAUUUCUUUCCUGUGCGAGGAGGGGUUUGUGAAGACCCACGGCUCUCAAACCAUCUCCUGUAUCCUCAAAGAUGGAAAUGUUGUGUGGGACAAUGCUGUGCCACGUUGCGAAGCUCCAUGUGGUGGAAACCUGAAGGCUUCUAUUGGCAUCAUUCUAUCCCCAGGCUGGCCUGAGCUUUAUAAAGAGGCCCUCAAUUGUGAGUGGAUCAUCGAGGCCCCACCAGGAUAUCCUAUCAAGAUCAUCUUUGACAAAUUCCGGACUGAGGUUAACUAUGAUGUUCUCGAGGUACGGGACGGCCGGUAUCCUUCUUCGCCUCUGAUUGGCAGUUAUCAAGGCACACAGGUUCCGCAGUUCCUGAUCAGUACCUCCAACUUCCUGUACCUGCUCUUCACCACCGACAAGAGCCACUCCGACAUAGGCUUCCGCAUUCGAUAUGAGACAUUGCAGCUGCAGUCGGACCACUGUGUUGAUCCUGGAAUCCCAGUCAACGGUCAGCGCCACGGCAAUGAUUUCUAUGUGGGCGCACUGGUGAUGUUCAGUUGUGAAGCAGGAUACACCCUAAGUGACAAUGAGCCCCUUGAGUGUGAACCCAACUUCCAGUGGAGUCGGCCCCUCCCCAGCUGUGAUGCACUUUGUGGAGGAUUUAUUCAGGGGAACAGUGGCACCAUUCUAUCCCCUGGUUUUCCCGACUUCUACCCCCAUAACCUCAACUGUACCUGGAUGAUUGAGACUUCACAUGGUAAAGGUGUCCAGUUUACCUUCCACACUUUUCACUUGGAGAGUCCGCACGAUCACCUUUUAGUCACAGAAAACGGUAGUUUCUCUCAGCCCUUAUGGAGACUGACUGGCUCUACUUUGCCUCUCCCUCUCAGCGCUGGCCUCUUUGGCAACUACACAGCUCAGAUCCGCUUCCUUUCGGACUUCUCUGUGUCCUAUGAGGGCUUCAACAUCACUUUCUCAGAAUAUGAUCUGGAGCCUUGUGAAGAUCCCGGUGUUCCCACCUUCAGCACCCGUAAGGGGCUGCAGUUUGGGGUGGGGGACGCUCUCAUCUUCUCCUGUUUUCCGGGGUACCGUCUGGAGGGGCCAGCGAGGGUGAUCUGUCUAGGGGGGCGUCGGCGGGUGUGGAGUUCCCCUCUGCCAAGGUGUGUUGCUGAGUGCGGGUCAUCUGUUACUGGGAAACAAGGAGUCUUACUCUCUCCCAACUACCCUGGUUACUAUGGUAACAACCAUGAGUGCAUCUACUCCAUCCAAACCCAGCCCGGAAAAGGGAUCCAGCUCCGAGCAAGGGAUUUCCAUCUGGAAGAGGACGAUGUGCUUAAGGUGUAUGACGGUAGCAGUAACAAUGCCCGCUUGCUGGGUGCCUUCACGGACACAGAGCUAAUGGAUGUCACUCUGAACAGCACUUCCAGCACCAUGUGGCUGGAGUUUAUAAGUAACAGUGACAAUAUAAGCAAAGGUUUUGAGCUGCACUUUACCAGUUUUGAAUUGGUGAAGUGUGAAGACCCAGGGGUGCCUCAGUUUGGAUUUAAACGGGAAGACAAAGGUCACUUUGCGGGCAGUACAGUGUCAUAUAGCUGUGACCCUGGCUACACUUUAAAGGGCCCAGAGGUUCUGACAUGUCUCAGAGGGGAGAGAAGAGCAUGGGACAACCCCCUCCCACUGUGUGUCGCCGAGUGUGGAGGAACGAUUAAAGACGAGCCCAUGGGCCGGAUUCUGUCUCCCAGUUACCCAGCGCCUUAUGAGCACAACUUGCACUGUAUCUGGACCAUUGAGGCGGCACUUGGAAGCACCAUCAGGUUGCAUUUCCUGGUCUUCCAUACAGAGGAGGUACAUGAUGUUUUGCAGAUUUGGGAUGGGCCUCAGGAUGGAGGUGUGCUUCUGAGAGAGCUGAGUGGCUCUACACUUCCCCCAGACCUCCACAGCACCUUUAACUCUGUCAGCCUGCAGUUCACAACUGACUUCUUCACCAGCAAGCAGGGUUUUGCUCUGCAGUUCUCAGUUUCAACUGCCACUUCCUGUAAUGAUCCUGGCAUUCCAACUAAUGGCACUCGCAUUGGAGACAGCCGAGAGCCAGGGGAUCGUGUGCUGUUUCAGUGUGAUGCCGGAUACAUUCUAAAAGGGGCGACCAAGAUCACAUGUACCGAGAUCAACAACCGUUUCUUCUGGCAGCCUGAUCCACCCACCUGUUCUGCUCCAUGUGGAGGAAAUCUGACUGGCCCUAGUGGACUGAUCCUGUCCCCUGAAUACCCAGAACCCUACCCCCAUGGCAGAGAAUGCGACUGGACAGUUAUAGUAACUCUUGACCACAUCAUAUCGCUCAACUUCAAUCAUUUUAGCCUGGAGCCAAGCUAUGACUUUCUGCAUGUCUAUGAUGGGCCUGAUUCUCUCAGCCCACUGCUGGGCAGCUUUUAUGGCACAGACGUCCCUGAGCACAUUGAAAGCAGCUCCAACACGCUCUUCCUCGCCUUUCGCAGUGAUGCCUCACUUAGCAGCAAUGGAUUUGUCCUGCAGUACACAGAAAAUCCCAGAGAGUCAUGCUUCGAGCCGGGUCUGGUGCGCAAUGGAACUCGUGUUGGCACUGAGCUAAAGCUGGGGGCAACUGUCACCUAUUACUGUGAAAAUGGCUAUACACUAGAUGGAGAUGCCACUCUCUCUUGCAUCAUGGGGGGAGACAGCAAGCCUGAAUGGAACAAACCAAAGCCUGUUUGCAUAGCUCCAUGCGGUGGUCAGUAUUCUGGGUUAGAGGGGGUAGUGCUCUCCCCUGGUUACCCUGGAAACUACAGCAGUGGGAGAACCUGCCUCUACUCUGUCAUUGUGCCGAAAGACUAUGUGGUGUUCAGCCAGUUUGCAUACUUCCAUACUGCACUAAAUGAUGUUGUGGAGGUAUACGAUGGACCUACCCAGCAUGCCCGUGUCCUGAGCUCUCUAUCUGGAGCACACACAGGUGAAUCAUUGCCGCUAGCCACCUCCAACCAGAUCCUCAUACGCUUCUCGUCCAAGGGUCAGUCAAGCUCAAGGGGUUUUCACCUGGUCUACCAAGCUGUUCCAAGGACCAGCGCAACCCAGUGCAGCUCGGUCCCUGAGCCCAGGCACGGCAGGCGAACAGGAAACAACUUUGCGGUUGGAGCUGUGGUUAGUUUCGAGUGCAAUGCAGGAUACGUCCUGGAGGGGCCCAGUGCCAUCGAGUGCCUGACUGUACCCAAUGCUCUGGCUCAGUGGAAUGGCAGCAUGCCCAGCUGCAUUGUGCCAUGUGGAGGGAAUCUAACCCAGCGAAUAGGCACUAUUCUGUCCCCUGGCUACCCUGAGCCUUACCUGAACAGCCUGAGCUGCGUGUGGAAGAUCACUGUGCCUGAGGGAAUGGGAAUCCAGAUCCAGGUGAUUAGCUUUGUGACUGAGCAGAACUGGGACUCUCUUGAGGUGUUUGAUGGUGGUGACAACACUGACACCAUGCUGGGAAGCUUCUCAGGUACAACAGUCCCAGCCAUCCUGAACAGCACCUCCAACCAGCUUUACCUGCACUUUUUCUCAGACAUCAGUGUUUCUGCUGCUGGUUUCCGUUUGGAGUACAAAACUGUGUCCCUCACAAGCUGUCCUGAGCCGGUUGUACCCAUGAAUAGCUUCAAAGUGGGUGAGAGGCUACAGAUGAACAAUGUGGUGUCCUUCCAGUGUGACCCUGGUUAUACUCUGCAGGGAGUCUCCCAUAUCUCUUGCAUGCCAGGGCCUGUGCGCCGCUGGAACUACCCACCUCCUCUCUGUAUUGCUCAGUGUGGGGGGAUCAGAGAGGAGAUGGAAGGCACCAUACUUAGCCCUGGUUUCCCUGGAAACUACCCUAGCAACAGUGACUGCACCUGGAGGAUUUACUUGCCAGUUGGUUAUGGAGCUCAUGUGCAAUUCCUCAACUUUUCCACUGAGGCCAACCAUGAUUUCCUGGAAAUUAGGAAUGGACCUUUCGACACCAGCACUGUGAUUGGCAGAUUCAGCGGGCAGGACUCACCACCCUCUCUUCUAACAACCUCCCAUGAGACCACAAUAUAUUUCCAUAGCGAUCACUCUCAGAAUAAGCCUGGCUUCAGAUUUGAUUAUCAGGCCUAUGAACUUCAGGAGUGUCCUGACCCUGAACCUUUUCGCUAUGGUGUGGUGGUGGGGGCUGGUUACAACGUGGGCCAGUCCAUCUCAUUUGAGUGCUAUCCAGGGUAUCAACUGAUGGGGCACUCCUUUCUUACCUGUCAGCAUGGCACAACGCGCAACUGGGAUCAUCCGUUUCCUCACUGUGAAGUGCCCUGUGGAGGUAAUAUUACAUCAGACAAUGGCACAAUCUUCUCCCCUGGUUACCCAGAGGACUACCCCACUUCUGCAGACUGCAGCUGGCUGAUUACAGUGGCACCUGGCUUGGGCAUUCGGCUUAAUUUCACCCUUCUGCAAGUCCAUGGCCCACAGGACUUCAUCACUGUCUGGGAUGGACCUCAGGAUACGGCUCACAAAUUGGGAGUGUUUACAGAGGGAGAACCCAAUAACCCACCCAGCAGCACAUCAAAUCAAGUUUUAAUACGUUUCCGGAGCAGCUCUGAAAAAGGCGGACUGUUCAAGAUCAACUACCAAGCCUAUAGACUUCAGUUUUGUUUGCCACCCCCCAUCAUUCCAAAUGCAGAAAUUCUGAUGGCCAGCAAGGAGUUUAAGAUUGGUGACAUUGUGCGCUACAGGUGUUUGCCAGGAUAUCAGUUAAAUGGGAACAGCAUUCAAACCUGUCGCCUGGGGACACACCUGGAGUUUGAAGGGCCCCCACCAUCAUGUGAUAUUACUUGUCCAAUGAACCAGGUGCUAACAGCCUCCACUGGGAUAAUUCUGAGUCAGUCACCUGGCAGCAGCCUCCCGCACUUUGAGUCCUGCUCUUGGGUGGUGAAGGUGGAGUCGGGUUACAACAUCACUUUCAAUGUUGAAAACUUUCAGACAAGCAGACAGUUUGAUGAACUGGAGAUCUAUGAUGGUCCCUCGAGACAGAGUCCGCUGCUCAUUUCUCUGAGUGGGAACUUUUCAUCUCCCCUCAGUAUUACCAGCUCAUCAAACAAGGCUUAUCUGCACUGGUCCUUCGAUCACACCUCCAGCCACAAGGGUUUUCGUAUCCGCUACUCAGCGGCAUACUGCAGCACCCCGGACCCUCCCGUGAAUGGCUCAGUACACAGCCAGACAGGCACAAAGCUGGGCAGCACCUUGCGCUUCAGCUGCGACCGAGGCUUCAACCUGAUUGGCCAGAGCACCGCCACCUGUACCCGAACCCCGCAGGGCAUCUACCAAUGGAAUGCUCCAGUGCCGUUUUGCCAAGUUGUGUCCUGUGGGAUGCCCAUUGCUCCAGUGAAUGGCACUAUCGUUGGGCAGCACUUAACUCUUGGCUAUAGGGUCACGUUCUCUUGCAACCCUGGUUUCCGACUGGCUAACAGUCAGCCAGUGUCAACGGUUUGCCAAGAGUCAGGGAGAUGGAGCCCAAUGGAGACCCGCCCUCGCUGUGUCCCUGUUACUUGCCCUGACAUCGGCCACUCUGCAGUGGAUCAUGGGAGAUGGAGACUUAUCUACGGCAUGCAGAAUAAAUAUGAGGCCAUGAUGAUGCUGACCUGUGACCCUGGAUAUUUCUACAAGGGGCAAAGGGUCAUCCGUUGCCAGGCUAACGGCACAUGGGAUUACCCUCAUCCCAGACCGUCCUGUGAAAUUAUCUCAUGUGGGGACCUUGGCACUCCUCCGAAUGGGAAUAAGAUAGGAACAUUGACUGUAUAUGGAGCUACAGCUAUUUUUUCCUGUAACACUGGUUAUACUCUGGUGGGCUCCAGAGUGAGAGAGUGCAUGUCCAACGGCCUGUGGAGUGGAGCUGAGGUCCAGUGUCUUGCUGGACACUGUGGCACACCUGAGCCUAUUGUGAAUGGUCAGAUCAUUGGAGAGAACUAUAACUACAGAGGUAGUGUUGUUUACCAGUGUAAUCCUGGAUUCCGACUUAUUGGUGUGUCAGUCCGCAUCUGUGAGCAGGACCACCGCUGGUCUGGAAAGACUCCUGUCUGUGUCUCUAUCACCUGUGGACAUCCAGGCACCCCUGGUAAUGGUGUGACUCAGGGAACACAGUUUAACCUGAACGACAUUGUGCGUUUUUCCUGCAACCCUGGUUAUGUUCUACAGGGUGCGAUCAAGUCUCACUGCCAGCCCAGUGGCCAGUGGAGCAACACUCUCCCCAGGUGCAAAAUUGUGAACUGCACUGAUCCAGGACAUGUUGAGAAUGGUGUCAGACAGGUCCUGCCCAGCGGGCCUCAUCGUUACAGUUUCCAGACCACAGUCUCUUACAGCUGUAACCCUGGAUACUACCUGCUGGGCACCAGCACUCUGAGCUGUCAGGGAGAUGGCACGUGGGACCGCUCCCUACCCAAGUGCCUCUUGAUUCUCUGCAGUCGUCCCAGCAUGCCUCCAUAUGCACAGAUCUCUGGGGACAGACGCACAGUGGGCUCCGUUAUCCGCUUCAGCUGCAUUGGCCAGCGCACCAUUGUGGGCAAUACCACCCGCAUGUGCCAGCUGGACGGCCAAUGGAGCGGCUCCCUACCACACUGCUCCGGGGAUUCUGCUGGUCUGUGUGGAGACCCUGGCGUUCCGGUGCACGGUAUCCGUCUGGGAGAGGAGUUCUCCGUACGGAGCGUUGUACGAUUCAGCUGUGAGCCUGGAUACAUUCUGAAGGGCUCCUCUGAACGAACCUGCCUGGCCAAUGGCUCCUGGGUGGGCAUCCAGCCAGAGUGCCAUGUGGUCUCAUGUGGCAACCCUGGCACUCCUCGCAAUUCAGUAAUCCAAUUCCAUGAUGGAAUUGUCUUCUCCCGCUCUAUCACCUAUGACUGCAGAGAAGGCUACUACUCCACUGGCUUGCUCACCCGUCAUUGCACCGUCAACGGCACCUGGACCGGGGAUAUGUUGGAAUGCACAGUCAUUAACUGUGGAGAUCCUGGAGUGCCUGCUAAUGGUAUCAGACUGGGUAGUGACUUUACCUACGGCCACACUGUGAGCUUCCAGUGCUCACCAGGCUUCACUAUGGACGCUGACCGUGCCUCCACACUCAUCUGCACCAAAGACCGCACCUGGAAUGGCACCAAGCCUGUUUGCAAAGCCAUUGUGUGUGCAGUUCCGCCCAGUAUCCCUAAUGGACAAGUGGUAGGUUCUGACUACCAGUGGGGCUCAAGUAUUAGCUAUGCCUGUAAUCAGGGUUACCAGCUUUCCCUUCCAACCAUCCUCACCUGCCAGGGCACUGGAAACUGGAGUGGUGAACGGCCUCAAUGUUUUCCUGUAUUUUGUGGAGAUCCAGGAAUUCCAGCCCAGGGCAAGCGGGAAGACCGAGGGUUCACUUACCUGUCCUCUGUUUCCUUCUCAUGUUACCCACCUUUGAUUCUGGUUGGCUCUGCUCGCCGUUACUGUCAAUAUGAUGGAACCUGGAGUGGAACCCAGCCAUCUUGUAUAGAUCCUAGUCACACCAACUGUGUAGAUCCUGGAACUCCUCUCUUUGGAUAUCAGAACAACUCUCAAGGCUACCAGAUUGGCAGUUCAGUAUACUACAGCUGCAGAAAGGGCCACAUUCUCCUUGGCUCCAUCUCUCGUAGCUGUCUGCCCAACCUCACCUGGAGUGGCAUGCAGCCUGAGUGCAUUGCUCAUCAUUGUAAUCAGCCUGAACUCCCCACACAGGUGGAUGUAGGUGCUAUAGAGCUGCCAUCUCUGGGUUAUACACUUAUCUACACCUGUCAGCCUGGCUUCUACCUGGCUGGAGGGUCCGAGCACCGCACCUGCAGGGCCGAUGGCAGCUGGACAGGGAAGCCUCCACUGUGUACACUGAAGGGCAAGAGACAGGACCAAGAGACCGUUCCAAGAGUUUCAGUGCCAAGUGGAGUGUUUGCUAAGAACUCUCUUUGGAGGGGUUCAUACGAAUAUUUAGGAAAGAAGCAGCCAGCAAUGCUGAGCAUAACUGCUUUUGAACCAUUCAGCAAUCGGGUCAACGGCACUCUCAUGGACCACAGUGGAGUACAGCUCAAUCUAGCUGGUACUUAUAAGAAGGAAGAGGACCAGCUGUUGCUGCAGGUGUAUCAGAUCCGCGGGCCUGUGGAGAUCUUUGUUAACAAGUUCAAAAUUGACAACUGGGCUCUGGAUGGACAUGUGUCAUACAUACCUUCUUCUGACACUUUUGUGUACCAAGGCUUUGUUAGAGGAAAAGGCUUUGGCCAGUUUGGACUUCAGAGGCUGGAGGGGAUUGAUCCAAAUGGGGAGAAUCCAGGCUACAACUUUGCCUCCAAUAGCAGUUCAGUGGCAGCAGCCAUUUUAGUGCCUUUUAUAGCUAUGAUCAUAGCAGGCUUUGCGCUCUAUCUCUACAAACACAGGAAAAGGCCAAAAGUACCAUUCAAUGGUUACGCGGGCCAUGAGAACACCAACGGAAGGGCGACCUUCGAGAACCCAAUGUAUGACCGCAACAUCCAGCCCACUGAUAUCAUGGCAAAUGAGACAGAGUUCACGGUCAGCACGGUGUGCACUGCAGUAUAGCGACCGCUUUCGUCAAAGGUUGGAUAUUAUCUUUCCUUCUCCACACAACUGUUCUCAUAGUUAUGAAUGGGCCAAAUGGAUGAACAAAAGAGGAGGAUUUUGUGUGUGUGUGUGUGUUAACCAAACCCAAUUGUGACAAAAAAAGUGAUAAACCCUGACAAUGAUGCAGCAAAAAAAGCAUCAACAGAGAAACACAGAGACAACCACAUUAAAAACUCUUAUGCUGUUCUCCUCUUUUUGCCCUAUGAGGGAACCUCCUGUUAACCGUGGAACUGCACAGGGACAAAUGUGAUGCUCACAGCUAUCGCUUGCCAAAUAAAAACACAAGUGGUUAAUUUGUUUGGUUAAACGAGGGCCCCCCAUUCUUACUUGUGAGGUGGAGGAAGUCUUCAUGGGGACAUUGGUUGUGCUCAGGAAGUCAAAAGUGUCUCCUGGAGAGCUGAAGCUUGUUUUACUUUUGUACAUUGAGUUCUUUCCACGGAGUGUGUUUUAGCUCGUAUUCCCCUUUACAAAUCGAAAUAGUAAAAUUGCAAACAAGUGCAGACUUUGUUCACAUUACUGAGGACAUUCUCACUGACAUCUUCACUAUCAAUUCCCUGAAAAUGCAACAAAACCUGAGGGCUCAGACCUCCAAAUGAAGUGGAAUGAGAUUCUGGGGCUUAAUAGAAGACAUGGAUUCUAUCUGUAGCAUCUCUCUCUACUCAUUCCUGCCUGCAGAAAAGUUUUUUGCACCAUCUUAUCACAAUCCUGACUGAAAUUGGACAGUCACUGCAAGCCUCCGAGUAGCCAGUUGGAGGAGAUCAUGAAAAGACACGGUGAACGUGUUUUGUGUUUUUUGAGUUCAGAGGCUUUAUGAAGCUGAUGUCAUGGCCAUUAUCUGCUGCUAUUUAUUUUCCGCAUUGACAGAAGAAUUGCAGCCUACAUUUGAAAGCAACUGUAAAGCAUCUAUAUUUCUUUGGAGAGCUAUGUAAACAGCACUGUGCCCUUCCUCGUCUGAUUGGUCUUCAAAGUAUCUUCUGAGUUGUGAUUGGUUUGUAGGCUGGGAUGUAAUGCGGAAGAACGAUUUGCUAGCAUUUAAAGAUAUGAUGUCAUUGAUUUCAGACUUUAGGUUGGGUUCAGAGGUUCUGUGGGAGGUUUCUGAUGUCAUUGGAAUGGUAUGAAUCAAACUUUUUAUUAUAUAUAUAUAUAUAUAUAUAUAUAUAUAUAUAUUUAUAGAGCCCUUGGACACUUGAAGUGCGAAGGCAAAUAUAUGACUCAAGACAUUUCUUUCAUUACCAGAUGAGCAUUCUGUCCUCAUGUUCUGAAGUCAAGGAUAAAAAUCACAUUAGGUUUAAAAUGGAGCCAGCACCAAAUGAGCAUCGAAAUAUUUUAAAAUGUCUGUAGCAUUGUCAUAAUCUCUUUCCAUACUAAGACCUUUGUGUCAUCCAUGCCCACUCCACACUUUUGAUAGGUAAAUGAGACUUAAAGAUCUCACCCUUGAGUAACAUAUCCAAUGCCGAUUAUUUAUUUGCAGACUCGUGUCCCAAAACGUUAAUGGGAAGGUUUGAAAAUGAGCAACAGCAUAGGUUUUAACAGCAAGUUUACAGUUUUCAAAACUAGAGGAGGAUAGAUAACUUUGAUGAUGAAACACUCAACUUAAACCUUUAAUCUGCAUCACACUCAAUAUUCAUAUGCAGUGCUAAAUAAGACUGCAGCUGUUGUUUUAUGAAAAGAUGUUGAAUGCAAUAUGAUAGGAAGAGAUGAUAAAUGAAACAUUUUUUGUCAAUGUUCCAAGUACAUUAUAUUCUAGGGAGCUGUUUCCUUUAAAUGGCCAAUGUUUAAGUGAUUUUCAGUUAUUGAAUAUCAAUGUCACAGCUGUCCUUCUCUUAUGGCUUAGUUAUUUGUUACCUGCUAUAUUUGCAUUUAUUUUCAUGAGAAUUCCUGUAGUUUAUUUGCUGUACACUAUACUUCUGAAAACAAUUGCUGAAUUGUUGCUUCAGUUUGUUUUACCGCUCUUUGGUAUGAUUACUUUAACAGGUUUGUUACUUUUGAAAUCAAUAGCUUAUCAUGGUUGUGUUAAUACAAUAUCACCCAGUGCUUGUUUCAAUUGUGAGUUGAUAUAAAAGGUAAAUAUUGGAUUUCCCUUGGGAUUUCACAGGCAAAGCGUUAGGCAGGCACAUUAUCUUAUACCUGUUGGUAUUCACUUUAUAUUUUUAAGAUUGUAUUCUUUCCUAGCCUAUUACUUUUCAUUUUGGAGUGCUUCAUCAGUGUGGAUGGCGUCUCACUAAGUGUUUGUGUUCCCACAUAUCAGACAUCAGUUAUGAUUAUUUCACUGCAGUUUAUCUCCCACCGGCUUGGCUUUUUACAUUAUCUCACCCUGGUGUUUUAUGUCUUAGCAAACCAACAACAAUAGAAGUGGAUAAAAAGUGCAUUAAAAAGCUGUCAGAUUUAUAAUAUUCACUUAAGAUUAUCAACUAAGUGUAUCCUUUUAAAAUCCUAUGAGAAGAUGCACCUUGCAAGUGAUAAACAAAAACAAAUUCAAGGCACAAGGGCUUUAGAGUCACAUCUCUUUAUAAGUGUGUGUAUAUAUACAGUAUAUAUAUAUAUAUAUAUACACACACACACCAAUCAGCCACAACAUUAAAACCACCUGCCAAAUAUUGUUAAUGUUCACAUCAACCAUCAGAAUGGGAGAAAAAAAAAUGGACCAUGGCAUGAUUGUUGUUGCUAGAUGGGCUGGUUUGAGUAUUUCUGUAACUACUGAUUUCCUGGGAUUUUCACACACAAGUCUUUAGAAUUUACUCAGAAUGGUGCCAAAAACAAAACAAAAAAAUCCAGUGAGUGGUAAUUCUGCGGACGGAAAUGCCUUGUUGAUGAGAGAGGUCAACAGAGAAUGGCCAGACUGGUUCGAUGUAACAAAGUCUACUGUAACUCAGAUAACCCCUCUGUACAAUUUUGGUGAGAAGUGGGUUGGCACUGUUUUGGCGGCACGAGGGAGAGCUACACAAUAUUAGGCAGGUGGUUUUAAUGUUGUGGCUGAUCAGUGUGUGUGUGUG